GUGUUAACCAAUUUGGAAAAUAAUGGGCCCAACCCAACCCCUGCGGCGGAGGGGUACACCCAUUGAUUUGUUGAUAAACAGCCCUAAGCUCAAAUCUUGAUACGUAAAAUAAGUCUGAAUUACCUGGGGCCGGUCACUUUUGAUGAUGAUAUCUCAAGAGUCAAGGCUAUUACCCUUACAAAAGAAAAAGAAAGAAAAAAAGUUUCUACACUUUUUUUUUGUGGUCAUUGUCUAGGUAGGAGGUGGAAGCUAUGGCGACGGAGGGGUUAACUCAGCGCCGCCAAGGUGUGACGGAAAAGGCUGGAGAUCGGGAGAAACCGAUGAGCACAGAGGAGGAUGAGCUGAAGAAGCCUGUGGUGUCUACUAUGGAAACUGAGCUGGAAAGAGCGGAGGCUGAGCUGGCACCUAGAUUGCCCCAGUACCUUGGAGUAUUCUUUGCGGCUGGGCUUACAUUUAUGUCCAUUUAUAUUCUGUGGCCAUAUGCUGAGCAAGGUGCAGAGAGGGUUUUUACUGCGGAGGAGCUUGCCCUCUAUGACGGAGUAAAGAGAAAGCAAUUGCUUCUCGCCAUUCUAGGGGAUGUCUUCGAUGUCACGGAGGGCCAGAGACAUUACGGACCUGGAAACGGUUACCAUCAUUUUGUUGGGAAGGAUGCCUCUCGAGCGUUUGUGACUGGGAAGUUUACAGAUGGCUUGACGGACGACGUGUCAGGUCUGUCCGCUUCUGAGUAUUCGGGUCUUCAGGAAUGGCAUUCAUUUUAUGUGAAAUCAGAUAAGUACAGGUAUGUGGGAAAGCUUGCGGGACGGUUUUACGAUGAAGCUGGUAGGGGCACCAAGGCCUUGGAAGAUUUGCACAGUGAAUUCAAGAAAGCGGAACGCAUGAAGGAGCUGCAGAUCGCAGAAGUGGGGAAAUAUCCAACCUGCAACAGCCGUUGGUCGUCGGCAGAAGGGGGCUUUGUCUCGUGCACCUCUGGCUAUCCCCGGAAAGUUUUCAUUACGGGAGGUACCACUUCCAGAUGCGCUUGUUUCCAGUAUUCAGAGCUCGAUCAACCGAAUCAGGAGGCGUAUCCGGACUGCGAUCCGUAUGCUACGGAAUGCCAAGUGUCACAACCAGGCACAUAACAAAUUGCUUCACGACGGUGGAAGAUAGCAGGGGGCACUGGACAGAUUUCAGUCCCAAUGCACUCAGGUGACAGGCAGGCUUCUGGACCAUAGAUGUAUCGUCUGUCUGAUUUUGAUUGUUAUCGUCCAAGUCCUUGCUGUGGACUGUUAUCGUCAUACCAAUUUUGCCAAAAACA